GGUCGACACCCAAAACCUACCCCCUGCACACGCGCAUGGUCUUUAAAUAAAAUAGUUUGAAGUCUAUACUAAAUGUAACUAGUCAUGGGGACCUAUUUAAGCGAUGGCGGUCUUGUAUAAUGAUAUCAAGUCGAUAAUUUGCAUAUCCUUCCUUAUUUAGUAUCACGAGAAUAAAUCACGAGGGCAUAAACGUCAUGCAGAAUUGAUUUAUAUAUCUGGGUUACGACUAUAUACAGUAGGUAUGUAUUCAGAACCCGAACACGGGAACAGCUGUGGAAUUUCGUUGAUCAUAUGUAGUUAACGAUAUAAUCUAUAAACUGCAGAGCACACGCAGGUUGUGAGUAAUCUGAGGCAGAUUUGUUAUUUGACCAACUGCUGAGGGUUGGGUGAUUGAGUAAGGGAGUUACGAUUCGUUUCUGCUACAAGUUGUUACUACGAAAAAAAAAUCGCACCGUGAUAACGCCCCGUAAUGCUAGCUUCAGACUACCAAAUGCCAGCACAAAGUUGGCCAACGUUCUACUCUCACAACUUCUACGACUGUCCAAUUGCUAGUCUGAGCGCUCUUAUAACUCAAUUCUCGUCGUAUAACGCAUUAAUUGUUAAUCUGAGCGCACCCGUCGAGUUGGCCAACUUCGUCGUGACAGUUGACAGUCUGACACUAGCAUACGACACCUAACAUAGCCUUAUUUUAAAAUGAGCUGGUCACAUAAUGUCGUCAAACAAACAUUCCUGUCCUUUUCGAGCCAUCGAGGCCGGUGCAAUUAUUAAGUAGGACUUGCCGAUCUUUUAGUUUAUAGAGCAUUAAAUCAACAUAACCGGACCGUGGACCGGUCAGACUAUAAGUCACCUAAUACCUUCCGAGGCUGUGAAAGGGGUGGAAGUUUGGAGGUAAUGUCCAUAAAGACUCGUAAUCCAGAUACAAUAUCAACACCUGGCCGUUAAUACCUCAACGGUAUUGUACGCCCGGCGUUACAUACAGACCUAUAUGGUUAAUUAUCAGCCAUUGUUGGGGUCUCCGGUCUGCAAACAGACCUAAUGUUUUGAAUUUCAAUAAGCUCCUGUGAUCAUAGAUCUCCCAGAUAAUUGCUGUCGUGCUAUCACCUGUGCUACCGCGUGGCUGCUGUUGCAGAUCAAGGGCGUAUCCAAGGGGGUGGCCAGGGAGACUUAAUUGUUUCCCCCUAUAAAUUCUAGGACCCUUGUCUCUCCCUUUUUUCUUUUUUUUUAACUAUGUGUUUACAGUUUUCAUUUCACGAAUACCAAACUAUUAUUGGGGAGCCAAUUCCAGGACGUGAUCCGUAUGCCCUUUUGCCCUGGUCACCUCCCUGGAAUAUUUCCUGGGUCUUCCCUUGCAGGUACAAAACAAAACUAAAAACUCCAGUGUCGUUAGGUAUACCGAGUAACUUUCGCAGUGACGUGUGAUAGACAGGAUACUUCAGAGAAGAUGUGUCAGAGUGUGGGGAUAGUAAGAACGGAUAGAGCGAGCAUGGCUGUCCGACACGCAGACGACACUCGACCCUCUGCAGACGGACCAGACGGACAUGGGCUAUGACAUAGACCGGUUUACUUCGACAAUAAACGAAGGACUUCUGUGCUGCAUCUGCCGAGACGUCCUCCAGGCACCCCUCCAAGCCCCGUGCGAGCACGCCUUCUGUGGUCCCUGCAUCCAGAGCUGGUUGGUGAACGAGUGCUCGUGUCCCGAGGACAGAAAACCGCUAUUCCGUUCAGAUCUGAAACCUCUCUUCCGAUAUAUGAGAAACGACCUGCAACGUCUGUCCAUUCGGUGCAAGAAUUUCAGACUCGGCUGCGGCCAUAUUGGAAGCUUGGAACACGAGGCAUCACACUCAGUCGAGUGUUCUUAUGAACUGAUUUCUUGUCGUAACGUCGGCUGCCACAAGAGUGUACCCAGAGGAGCUAUGGAGGAGCAUCUGGAGAGCUGCGAAACUGGCACCAAAGAGUGCGCCAAAGGCUGUGGCUUACGUCUGUCGAGCGCAGACGUGAAGGAGCACAGCUGUAUAGCCGAACUGAAGAGCUCCAUCGAGAUCCUCAGAGCGGAGAUGAUCUGCAAGCUGGAUGACCAGCGGCGAGAGAUGGAGGUCCGACUGGACAUGCAGAGAGGUCACAUGGUGCAGCGCGAGGCGGCCAUGCAGUCGAGUCUGCAGGAACUGCGGACAGAACUCUCCAAGAUAAACCAGAAAGUGAAGCUGCUGAUGGAUCUCGAGCUCCAGAGACGACAGGAUCUGGAGAGGAUGCAGAUCGAAAGGACAGAGUUGUUGGGGGUUCUAGAGAGAAUAGAAAAAGAGCAAGAGGCUUCGAAUAGGCAGCCAAAGUGUAGACACUGUUCACAGAAUGUCACGCGGGAAGAGAAGGAGACGACUAUAUGAAGGUUUUCAUUCCUUAGUGAUUCGUCUGAAAUUUAACGAAGUAUAUAUGUCUCGUGUGGUGGGUAGUAUGACCACACGCAAUCUGCAUUCUUUGUGUUAGAUGGCUUAUGUGUAGACUGAAAGUUGCAUUCUUUGAAUGCAGUUGUCGAUUUUUUAAAUUCUGAAAUAUGACGAGAUAUGCCUAUUAUCCAAGGACGACCUACAUUCAUUUUAGUGUUAUUCAAGGGUCCCCUAUGCAUCACAUUGUAAAUCAACAGCUAUUAAGUGCCAAAAGCAAGUUUCACAUGGUCAAAAGAAAUGUUUUGUUGCCAAAUAGAAUCCUUUUCUGCAUCAAGGAGUCUUUGACCUUUAAUAUACCAAUGUACCAGUUGUUAAGCACUGAUUAAAAUGGUGACACGCAUCGUGUAGACUAUUGGUCGAAAGCAUUAACCAUUCCAUUCUCGGACGUUCAGUAUACAAACUAUUUGCACCAACAUCCAUUGAUGCAGCCUGUAUAGAGCCACAUUC